AUGACGGAUAUGGAUGAUGUCACUGCAGAGCUCAAUGAGCUCUUUGCGGGCGCCUCGCCAGAUGGACUGCCCAAGGAUGUCCUUGCAGAGCUACAGUCCAUACUGCGUGUUCACUCGAUACCUCCUCAGGAGCUUUUCUACAAAUGGGAGUCCUACUGCUUGAAGAUGGGCUCGGAGGAGACCAAGCUAAAUUUGGAGACGGUGCGACUUUUCAAGCGAGAUGUGCAGGAGACCUUGGAGCGUGAAAGCCGAGGUCGGGCAGGCAGGCAGACGGAGAAGCGAAGCGCAGUGAUAGCUACACCGCGAGCUGCAAACACGUCCGAUGUAUUUGGGAUGCUGGAUGGACUAACCCCAAGUGCCCAUGGUCGGACCCCGAAUGGCGCAAACGGCUCAGCAAAACGCAAGUCAAACUUCGGAUCGCCUUCGACUUUGAAAGUGGGAAAGGGCAAUAACGACAGGUCUCCAAACUCGAAACCAGCCCCCGUGUCGGCGUUCGGCGGUAGUGCAGUGGACGGGAUACAAUCAGUGCCCUUCUCAGAACGUCCGAACCCAGGCCAGACGCUGGAAACUCUUAAUGCGCACCUUUCAAUGCCGGAAGACCUGAUGGUACCCUUUUCUGAAGCCAGAAUCCGACCCACGGCGAACACCGAUCUGAAGAAGUUUGGCUAUAAACCAAUGGCGAUGCGAGUCGCCGAAGCAUCUGAGAUUUUGGACGACAGAAUUGACGAGUUUACGGAGAUGUAUGAAAAACAAUAUGAAACGGGAGAUAUCAGCUUCGGCAGCGCGGCCACCCAGAGCACAAGUGAAAUCAUAGCUGUUGGACGUGUAGCUUCAGACAGCUUGGAAGGGAAGCUCAAUACAGCAUCUCUUGUUCUAGAAACGUCAAGACGCACAGGCGCUGGCUUGCGAGUGCCAUUGAAUCUAGACUCGAUACCAUCGGCGAACUUUUUCCCCGGACAGAUCGUUGCGCUCAGAGGGAUCAACGCUUCAGGAAAUUAUUUCACCGUCAAGGAAGUGCUCUCCCCACCUCUUCUGCCGCCUGCCGCAUCUUCACCCGUGGACAUAGAAAGUAUCAACCAGAGGCUAGAUGAAGCCGGCUCUUCGUCUCCGCUGAACGUCUUCAUUGCAUCUGGACCAUACACGGCGGACGACAAUCUCGGAUUUGAGCCCCUUCAGGAGAUCUGCCAAAAGGCUGCCGAAAGCUACGCAGACAGUUUCGUUCUAAUGGGACCGUUCCUGGACAUCGAACAUCCUCUGCUCGCGUCGGGCGAUCUCGACCUUCCAGAAAUCCAAGGAAUUGACCCUGACACUGCUACUCUGACAACCGUCUUCAGGCAUUGCAUUGCCGCCCCGUUGCAGAAGCUCGCUGCCGCAGUGCCCAGCAUCACGAUUGUGAUGAUCCCAUCUGUUCGGGAUGCACUGAGCAAGCACGUCUCCUGGCCGCAGGAGCGAUUGCCGAAGAAGGAGCUGGGGCUCCCAAAGCAGGUCCGGAUGGUCUCCAACCCAGUGACAUUGUCCUUCAACGAGACUGUGAUUGGAAUGUGCUCGUAUGACGUCUUAUAUGAUCUGCGAAGGGAAGAGGUCCUGCAUGGCAGACCCAAGGAAGGCAAUCUGCUCACACGACUGCCGAAAUAUCUGAUCGAACAGCGACAUUUCAUGCCCCUGUUUCCAUCUACUGCCCGUGAGAAUCUCCCCCGACCGGGAACCGAGAACGGAACUGCGACAGGGGCGAUGCUGGAUGUCAGUUAUUUCAAACUAGGAGAGUGGUGGAAUGUGCGGCCGGACGUGUUGAUCACGCCUAGCUUGCUGCCCCCCUUUGUUAAGCUCAACCAGGUUGUCGACAGCGUUCUUGUGAUCAAUCCCGGCACGCUAUCGAAACGACGCGCAGCAGGGACAUAUACACAAAUGGCGAUCCACCCACGCGUAAUAGCAGACGACGAACGCGAACAGAAACAUCUCAGCCACAAGCUUUACGAACGAGCACGCGUGGACAUCAUCCGGAUCUAA